AUGCGGUUUCCGGUGGCGGCUUUGAUUGGAGAGGGUAAGGGACAAGAUGCGAUUUUCUGGCGGGCGGAGUGGCCCCUGACGAGCGCCAUGUGCGGCGAUGGAGUUGCGGCCGCCGGAGAAGUCGGGGAAUGGCGGAGCCGGGUUGGGUUGGACGGCGGUCAACGGUGUUGGAUGGUACUAUGUGUAUUUGUGUUUGUGUGUGCGGGGAGAGAGGCGGAGUUGGUGGAGGUUCGCCUGGCACUUCAGUCGUUCUCGUCGCGGAGGGUGGCGGAGGUGGUCGGCGGAACAGUGAAGACGGCGAUUGUCGGUGGUUGGAUGAGUGCGGCGGCGGUAGGUGGUGGCCGGCGGAGGGGACGGGCCGUGCCUUUGUGUGUGUACAGUGUCGUCGGUGUAGUGUGUGUGAGUGUGUGCGCAGGGUAGUAUGUGUGAGUGUGUGAGAGAAAGAUGGAAAAUGUGGGGCGUCACGUGUGUGCGUGUGCUUGUGAGAGAGCUGGUAGGUGUGUACAGUGGGGCCUGGUAGUUGACAAAAUGUCUAAAAUAUCCUUAAUUAAGAUAUGAUAUUGGCUUUUUAUUUAAUCAUUAGAUCGGACCGAUCUAAUGGCUCCGAUUAAUUCUUAUUUGUCUC